GUGGGUGUGGGGUGAGUGGCCCCAAGCCACAGUGUGGAUUCCUGGGGAGAUCUCCUCAAGGACCAACCCCAGAGUGCAUUUUGGGGUUGGUUCAUCCCCUCCAGUGUGCUCUGCUGCCUUUGCAGGUGUCGUGUCUGUGCGGCUCUGCCCCGUGCCUGCUCUGCGGCUGCUGCCCCUCGGCCAAGAACUCCACCAUCUCCCGCCUGCUCUUCACCCUCUUCCUCUUCCUCGGCACCCUCGUGUCCAUCGUUAUGAUCAUCCCCGGCGUGGAGAAGGAGCUGCACAAGCUCCCCGGCUUCUGUCAGGGCAGCGGGUCCGUGCUGGGCGUCCAGACCAAYGUGGACUGCAGCAGCUUCCUGGGCCACAAGGCCGUGUACCGCAUGGGCUUUGCCAUGGCCGCCUUCUUUGGCCUCUUCGCCGUGCUCAUGGUGUGUGUGCGCAGCAGCCGGGACCCGCGCGCCGCCCUGCACAACGGGUGCGUGUCCUCUGUCCCUGGGCUGCGGGGUGGGCAUGGGAACGACUGCCCAGCCCUGUCCUGGGUGCAGGUGGGGACAGGAAUGACCCCCCACACCCGGCCCGAGGGCUGCACCGAGGGCAAGGCCUUCAUCAGCAUCAACCUCAUCCUCUGCCUCAUCGUCUCCAUCGUCUCCAUCCUGCCCAAGAUCCAGGAGGCUCAGCCGCACUCGGGGCUGCUGCAGGCAUCGCUGAUCACCCUCUACACCUUCUACAUCACCUGGGCCGCCCUGGCCAACGUGCCCACCCAGCGCUGUAACCCCACGCUGCUGCUGAGGAACGGGACGGGCUCUGCCACGGCCCCCGAGCCACUGACCACCUGGUGGGAUGCCCCAAGCAUUGUGGGGCUGGUGAUCUUCAUCCUCUGCACACUCUUCAUCAGCCUGCGCUCCUCGGACCACCCGCAGGUGAACAAACUGAUGCUGACGGAGGAGAGCGGGGCCGGCAGCGGGGCCGGGGCGGCCGAGGAGGAGGAGGAGGGAGCCGUGCACCGUGCUUAUGACAACGAGCAGGACGGCGUCGCCUACAGCUACAGCUUCUUCCACCUGUGCCUGCUGCUGGCCGCGCUCUACAUCAUGAUGACCCUCACCAACUGGUACAGGCCGGACGAGAGCCUGGCGGUGCUGAGGAGCCCCUGGACGGCCGUGUGGGUGAAGAUCAGCUCCAGCUGGGCCGGCCUCCUGCUCUACCUCUGGACCUUGGUGGCCCCGCUGGUGCUGCCGGACCGCGACUUCAGCUGAGGUGGCCCUGGAC